AUGUCCGCAUCGAUUCCCCCCAAUUACGUCGCCACGCCCCUCGCCAGUACCACGCCGGUCGUCGCCACUGGCGCGCCUGUCGCUACGGUCGCAACUGGCACGCCUGUCGCCAAUCCUGUCGCCAAUCCCGUCGCCAAUGUCCCCAUCCCGUCGCCCACGCCAACCGUCGGGCCGACGGAGCCGUACGUGGUGGUGGGGCUUCAGUACUGCCUCCCGCGUUCUACUGCCUGCCGGCCUUCUCGCCUGCCGGUGGCGGGACGGCCCAGGGCGAGGCGGUCUACUCACAGACGAGCAAGGCCUUCUCCCUGCUUUCCCCCCUCCUCUCCCCCCCCACAUUCGCGCAGGGCGUUCUCGUGGCGCAACCGCAAGACAAUCUUCAACGCCCAGGACGAGCCGGUGUGCUCGCUGACCAGCAAGGCCUUGUCGCUGCACGACGAGACCUACCUGUGCCCGGGCGCCAGCGUGGAUAAACGUGACGCCCUGCUCACUGCCCGAAGCAAGUUCUUCUCCUGGACUCCCAUCCUCAAUAUCUUUCUGAAAGGGAAUUCAGUUGACAACAAGCCAGACAUCGUUCUCAAAGGCGAUUUUUUUCAGCACGAGUUCACUAUCACCUCGAGCAGCGGGCUUCUGUUGGCACAGGUGGAGAGGGAUAUCUGGUCCGUGAGGGAUUUUCUGAGCACGCACACGUAUGCUGUGCGCAUCAAGCCAAACCAACAGCAGCAGCUGCCAUGUAAAGACCCCACAUGCUCCUGCCGCAAGGCAAAUAGCACCGACGUCUCCCCCACCCCGCCGCUGCUCACGUGCGCGCUAGUCUGCCGCCGCUGGCUGCGCCUCUCUGAGAGUCUCCCGCGCGCCAUCACUGUUUCCCCGGGCCUGCUAUUACACCCCCGCUCCCUCCUGCGUACGCUCUCCGCCUUCCCCCACCUGCGCUCCCUCACGCUACACGGGGACUCUUGCCGAAGCAUCAGCAGCAGCAGCAGAGGGACCGUCAGUGAUUGGCUCAUCGCUCGCCUGGCAGCGCUGCUGCAGCUGACGUCACUGUCGCUCGUUGGCGUUGCGGCAAUCCCGAGGCUCUCCCCCUUGGCGCCCUCCCUACUGUGCUUGGAAAUCCGUGGCGCAGGGGAGGGGGUGACGUGUCUCCCUGGAAAAUCUCUUGGGCAGCUGACGUGUCUGCAGGAGCUGGUUUUGAGGGACUGCUUGGCGCUGCGGCAGCUUCCAGAGUCGCUUGCCCUGCUGCCGUCCCUGCAGCGCAUUCGUGUAGAAAGAUGCUAUUCGGUGACGCUCGAUGCUUGGAGAACGCCCAGGGACGGCUGUGGGCUGGCAGCUGUGCGUUUUCAGGGGGAGGAUGGGGAACGUGGCGUGGGGGAAGGGCGAAGGAAGGGCAUUGAAUCUGACGAUGCUCAUAACGUGGUUGUUUCCAUGGUGUCGGGGGGUGAGAGUGAAGGGGGGGAUGUGGGGGCAAGCUAUGGGCAGCAACUGCCGCCUCAGUGGAGAAGGCGACAGCGGCGCCGACGUAAGAAGCUCCACCGCUGCCAAGAGAAGCAGCAGCAGCAGCAGCAGCAGCAGCCGUCACAGGUUGACAGUCAGAGUAAGCAGGGUGGUGGUGUCCCCACUGUCACGGCAGCAGUACAGCCGCGGCACCCCCUCUUCUCUUCCAAACUGCAACACCUCGAGCUUGCUGACGUGUCAGCCCUUCAGCACCUGCCACGUGGCAUCCUCCAGCACCACUCGCUCACGCGCCUCGUGCUGGACGGCUACUCAGGCUCCUCCUUUUCGGCUGGUUGCAGCAGUGCCUCCGAGUCAACCGAGUCAACCAGGUCAAUGCUCGAACCUCCCAUUCGCAUGCCCAGCCUGCAACAUCUGGUGCUGCGCAACCUUCCAAAACUUUCCCACCUGCCCGAAUGCCUUUCCCUGCCCGCCGCCUGCCCGUCCCUCACCAUCCUUUCCAUUGAGAACUGCCCGCGCUUCUCUUCCCUCCUCACUCCUCCUCCCAGCCUGCACACCUUAAAGCUUAACAAUCUUCCCAACCUGACUGUCAUCUGCGAUCCACUGCGUACUCACUGCCCAUCGCUCUCUGUACUCGUUAUAGAGCGAUGCGCCAACCUCCAUACCGUGCCGUGCUUCCCGUCGCGCAGCCUGUCCCACAUGGAGAUUCGCGACCUCCCAAACCUCACAGCGCUCACAGGCCCUUCCUCACUCCUCAACCCCUCCUCCUCCUCCUCCUCCUCCUCCUCCUCCUCCUCCUCCUCCUCCUCCUCCUCCUCCUCCUCCUCCUCCUCCUCCUCCUCCUCCUCCUCCUCCCCUCGCCUCUCCAUCCUUGCGAUUGACAACUGCCCUCUCCUUGCUACAAUCGCUAUAAAUGCUAUAAAUGUCCCUUUCGCCUUCAGAUUUCCAAGCCUGAGGGAGCUAUGGCUGCACGACCUUCCUCUGCUGCACGAGCUACCGCCCUCCUUCUCCUGCCUCUCCUCCCUGCACCGUCUGGUCAUCACGCGCUGCCAUGGGCUCAACUCGCUCCCUGACUGCCUGCCGGAGCUCCCCUUGCUGCGCGAUCUCGCCCUCGUAGUAAACCACAAUCUAACUAUCCCGAUAGAUUUCCUGCCGCAGCUGCACUCGGUGCGUCGCCUGGUGGUGCACCGGGGGCGUGAGAACAAGAACAAGUCCAUCAUCGCACAUCACGGGAGGGUGAGGCCACAGUUUGUGCUGCCCCCGCGGGUGCAAGAGCUUCACACAGAUGACUUUGGCAGUGAGGUGUUGCGCUUGCGUGAGCUGGAGAGACUGGAGCCAGAGAGCCUGACCAACUGGAACGCUUGCUCAGGGCUUAUGUGCAGGAGGAGGAGCAUUGGGAGAAUCUCACGUCGCUGCAGCGGGUUGAGAGGUGCGCGUGCUGCCCCAUAUCUGUACCUAGGGAGUGGCAGCGUCUUGUGUGUGUGGUAG